UUGUCUUAUCGUUUGAUUACUAGUCCCGAAACACGUCUAUUUUGUAUCGAUUUUGUGAGCGAUCAAUUUCGUACCGUCGAUAUUGUAAUAGAGCCAAGUUAUUGAAAUGUAGUGUUAUUGUUAUUUGAUCGAGCACAAGGUGUCAUUGGAAAAAAUCAGUCAUCCGUUUCAUUCUGUUGUGUGUAGGGCGCAACGCGAGUGUCGUCCCUUGUUCGUAGCUCCAAAGGACUGUUAACCUCUAUGUAACGUGUUAAGUGAUAAUAAGGGUGAAAAUUCUAGACCGUUCAGUGAGGUGGAAAACAUCGUGCAGUAUCCGUGGUUGGCACCCAUUUACUCACCGGAACAGCCAAUGUUAUUUUAAGGCGCUCCCGUGGCCCUUUAAGGGAAUCCAACAAUGGUGGACUACUACAGGGUUUUGGGCGUUACUAAGGUUGCCACAGAGACUGAAAUAAAGAAAGCGUACAGGAAACUAGCCUUGAAAUGGCAUCCCGACAAAAACAUAGACAAUGCGGACGAGGCAAAUCGAAAAUUCAAAGAGAUUUCCGAAGCCUAUGAAGUUUUAUCAGAUGAAAACAAGCGGAAAUUGUAUGACGCCCGCGGAUCCAGUCACCACAGUCACAGAUAUACGAGCAAGAACGGAGUCAAUGGCCAUCGGCACUAUAGCUUCAAAGGGUUUUUCGGAGAUACGCCUUUUCAUCGAUUUUUUGAAAGGAAGAGGCGAGUGUAUGACCAGUACGGCAAAGAGGGUUUGAACAACUCCCGCGGGCGGCGCUCGGCCGCGGACGACGACUACGACUUCGGCUAUUCGUCUUAUCCGUUCACAUUCCGAGACCCCGAGGAUGUCUUCAGAGAGUUCUUUGGUGGUUCUCCGUUCGGCGACCUGUUUGCUGAGAUAAACGGUCACGGGCACCGGCACGGGCACGGGCGGCGCGCGCACGGGCACGGCGGGCAGCACGCGAGCACGUCGCUGACGUCAUCGCUGUUCAGCCCGUUCGGGUUCGGCGUGGGGCUGGACGACAUCUUCGCGCGCGCCUCCAACGGCAACUCCUUCACCUCCUUCUCCACCUUCAACAGCUCGCUGGCGGGCCAGGCCGGCGGCAACAUGCGCAGCACCACCACCACCACGAGGGUCGUUAACGGGAAAAAGAUUACUACUAAAAAGGUAACAGAGAACGGUCGGGAGACGGUGAUGUCCUACGAAAACGGCAUUUUGAAAUCAAAGACUGUCAAUGGUGUACCUCAAUCUCUAACCUACAGUUAAACAUUAAUUAUAGUUCAUUGUAACCAAACUUGAUCCAAAUGACAACUCUAUACUCAAGAUGAUAAGCUAAUGUUCCAUCUUAUAUUUCUGUUUUACUUUUUUUGGACAAAUUGUAAAUUUGCUGUGGUAAAACCUAAAAUUUACUUAUACUAGUUGUGAUAGGUAGUUAAUUCUUGGGCAUAAUGCAUAACAAAUCAUAAUUUACAGAACAAUUGAAGGACUUGCUUGAACUACUUUUUCUAAAAAAGAAACCUGUACUUGUAUUACAAGGUAAACUUUGUUAUGCAAUAGGACCCAAUAUUACAUUUAUGAAUAUUGGUUAUUAAUUAUUAUACUAUGUGAAUUUACUUAAUAUUCUUUCG